AGUCUCUCUCGUACUCCGGGUAUUAAAGCCGUGGAAUCGGGCAGUGCCGCAUGCGGUGCUGUGUAUAAUUUUGCAAACUCCCAACAGAUCCGGAAGCAGUUUGAACAUGGGUCCGCCGAAGCAGCUGAAACGAACCUUCCUUGGCUUCGACUUGAGCACGCAAAAGCUCAAAGCCGUCCUGCUGGGCUCCAGUUUGGAGGUGGUUGCCGCGGCGGAAGUGAAAUUCGACACCGAUUUGCCGGAGUUUCGGACCACCGGAGGAGCCAAUGCCGGACCCAACAAAAAUGAAUACUUUGUGCAACCAGUGAUGUGGGUAAAGGCCAUGGACAUUGUCCUGGACCGACUGGUGAUGCAGCAGGCUGAUCUUAGUACCGUAGCAGCCAUCAGUGGCUCCGGACAGCAGCACGGAUCGCUCUACUGGUCCAAGCAUGGCAUCAGUACGCUGCAAAACCUCGAUUCCGAGAAGUUCCUUCACGGUCAAAUCGACGACUCCGCCUUUGUGGUUAAUCGUACUCCAAUUUGGAUGGACGCCACCACCACCAAACAGUGCCUAGAGAUGGAGAUGGCCGUUGGCGGCAAACUUAACAUGGUGGAACUGACGGGCUCCAAAUGCUACGAACGCUUCACAGGUCCCCAGAUCCGGAAGAUAUAUCAGCAACGCUGCCACGCCUACGAAGAGGCCAACCGAAUCUCAUUGGUCAGCAGUUUUAUAUCAUCGCUAUUUCUGGGCUCUGUCGCUCCAAUUGACUUCAGUGAUGGUUCCGGCAUGAAUCUGCUGGACAUCCGCAAGAAGAACUGGUCCAAAGAAUGCCUGAAUGUCUGCGCACCCGAUCUGGACAAGCGCCUGGACAUUCCGGUCAGUCCCAAUACGAUUUUAGGAAACGUCUCCCCGUACUUUGUGGAGCGCUUUAGUUUUUCGCCCGAUUGCAAAGUGGCUGCUAGCACGGGAGACAAUCCUUCGGCGUUGUCUGGUAUGUUGGUGGGCAGCAGCUGGCUCACCAUUUCCCUGGGCACCAGUGACACCCUAAUGAUGAGCUUCAAGGAGCCGCUAAACUGGGAAGAGGGUCAUGUACUCUGUCAUCCAACCGAAACGGAAGAAUUCAUGGGCCUUCUAUGUUUUAGAAAUGCUUCAUUGGUCCGGGAGGAAAUGAACAAGAAGACAACCGGCGGCAAUUGGGAUAAAUUCAAUGAGUAUCUCGACUCCACGCCACGCGGAAACUUUGGGAACAUGGCCGUACACUUUAACGAUAUGGAAAUCAUUCCCAAGGCACAGGGUAUUCUGCGAUGGAAUAAGGAAAUGGAUCCCAGUUCCCCGGAGGCGGCUAGGGGUGUUAUCAAAUUCAGCUCGCCCCAAAUCGAAAUUCGGGCCCUAGUUGAAGGCCAGAUGCUGCAUCACCGGGCUGUGGCUGAAGAUCUUGGCUACGAAUUCGGACCCGAGACCCAAAUCCUUGUAACGGGAGGCGCAUCUGUUAACAAAUCUAUCAUGCAAACAAUUGCCGAUGUGUUCAAUGCUCCCGUCCAUAUCCAGGACGAAGGAUAUGAGGCCGCCCUUCUGGGAGCCGCUUACCGAGCCGCCUAUACUCUGUACCUUAAUGAGGUGGGUGAAGAAGAGACGCCUCUUUGUUACCGAGAUUAUAUCCUAAGUCUGACCAGCAACAAGCUGAACCUUGUCUGCGAACCCCACAAGGACAGCGAGGAGAUCUACGCUCCAAUGCUACUAAGAUAUCGCGAAAUGGCGCGCAUUCUGUCCAAUCCAAACACAUAAACUCCGAAAGCCCAACGUAACAUUCCAGUUUAUACUCCGUACAUUCCCGAAAUCACCAAUCUUUUUUAACGUCUCCUGGAAUUGACAGAACUAAAGUGCAAUUAACAAAUUCUGUGAUUGACGAUUUAUUACAAAUUUAUGCGACUCCAUAUACAAAUACAUUUUUAUAUAUGGCCCA